GGCAGCACCAGGGCGUAUCUUUCCAUGGUACCAACCGAGAGGCUAACAGCGACCAUAGUGAAGUAAGUUUCUAUCAAAACAACCAUGGCGUUGAAUCGGAAUCACUCGCAAAAUGGUGGGGUUUUAAUCAACAACGGCGAGAGCGUGCUGAGAGAGUGCAAGAAUGUGGAGCUGUCCUUCGGCGAUGUCACCAGCAAGACAGAGCUGCUGAAGGGCACCAAGAAGGGCACCGUCUACCUCACUCCAUACAGGAUGGUGUUUGUGUCCAGCAAUCCAAGGGACUGUCUUGGCUCUGUCAUGUUCCCUUACUACCUUAUGAAGGGCUGCAGCAUUGAGCAGCCAGUCUUUGCUGCCAACUUUAUCAAGGGCACACUAUCUGCUGAACCCGGAGGAGGCUGGGAGGGCCAGGCUAAUUUCAAGAUGUCAUUCCCCAGUGGGGGUGCUAUAGAGCUGGGACAGCACCUUUUCAAACUGGCUACAAAUGCCUCUCGUGCCCCACCAGCUCAAAACGGGGGUGCCUCAUUCGGGUAUCCCUCUCCUGGAGCCAUGAAUGGCUAUGGUCCUCCACCACCCCAAAGUUACCCGUAUGCCCCACCACCCCAACACAAUGGUUUCUAUCCAGCUCCUCCCCCACCACAGGGCAACUUGGGCUAUCCUUAUCCCACAGUCUCUGCAGGAGUAUACCCCACUGCCCCAACUGCCCCAGCCGCCCCUAUGUACAUGCCCCCUCCUCCCCCCUAUCCUGGACCACCCCAGAACUGGACAGCUCCCCCUCCAGGUAACCCCAAGGCAGCAGAGGCAGCAGGCAGUGCCUAUUACAACCCCAACAACCCUCACAGUGUCUACAUGCCCAUGGAGCAGCCACCCCCAUAUGCAGCGUAUGCACCCUACCCUGAUAAGAAGAACAACUGAAGCUGUUAAAUCCAUAAUUACAUGUUUUUUUGGCGAAAAGAACCAAUCCAUUCCAAACCACUGUGGAAUCAUUUAGCAACUUGCAUUUCUUUUGAAAAUUUGAAUUGAAACGUUAUUUUGUACGCAGAGCAGUUCUGAACACAGUAAUCAUUCACACAUGAAAUGAGAAAACUAUGACAUCCGGUAAUAUUCAUCAUUAUUGAUAAUAUGUUCUGUUUUUCUACUUUCAGAUCUGUUGAGUAGUAUUUUAAGUAACUAUCCAGAUAAUGAUUGCUUUUAUUAUAAACAUGACAUCUUUGUUGGCUUCAUAGUAUUGAUGGGUGGUCUAUAAGGAUGAGGAAAUGCUGUUCAGUGCACUUCACAUGGUGGUCUCCUGUUCUGGUCUACCUGUGAUUCGUUGAAAUGGGUUUGCUAUGGUGCAGUAUGGGGAACUAUACUUUAGGCAUCAGUAUUUUUAAAGGUAAUCACUCUUUGUACAAAAAUGUUUAUAAAAAAAAAAA